AUGUUUCUGAGUCGUCGCCUUCACAGCGCACAAGACUACUCCGCUCCCACUUCAUUCCUUCCCAUUCGUCGGGCAACCAACAACAAUACCCCAGCGAUUCGUAUUAGAUUCAACAGGCGCACCGCACCAGCCUCCCCCAAUUUCGAGCCGUUCAACCGCAGAAAACCCCGCAAGCAGCGAUCUUCGGGGGAGUACAAUGCGGCAUCGAUCGCGGCGAGGAUGGAGAAAAUCAACAACAGAGGCCCCCUUGGCCGCGCGAAGCGGCACCGGCUCCAGCAGCAGCUGUCGCGACUGAGGGACGGCACACCCGAGCAGGUACUGACCAUCGAGGCGGAGACGCUUCUCGCGAAACAGCAGCAGCAGCAGCAGCAGCACGAUGGGGGUGAAGACCACGAUGAGCAGGUAUCUCGAGAUGGGGACCGGGGAUCCAAGGAAGGACACGACCAGGAUCCCAACCAGGGCGACAAGAGCCGCUCCAAAACCUCGUCGUCACGCAGCUCACGUCCGGCCCCGCACACGGAGCUCGAGCUGGAGAUUGAGGAACUCUCGUCCACGGGCGAUGGCCUGGCCUACGCCCCCGAGAGCACGGACUACAUCUACGUCGUCCCCUUUUCAGUGCCGGGCGACCGCGUCCUGGCCAAGACGUUCCCGCAACGCGACGAGAGUCCACUGUGGACGCGGGUCGACUUCGUCAAGUUGGUCCGUGCCUCCCCGCAACGUGAGGGCGUGACACCGGGCUGUCGGUAUUUCGGCACCUGCUCAGGCUGCCAGCUGCAGAUGCUGCCGUACGCGGCGCAGCUGGCGCACAAGAAGACGAUCGUGGAGAAGGCCUUCCGCUACUUCUCGAACCUGGACCCGUCGCAGGUCCCACCCGUCGACGACACCGUCGGGUCGCCCCUGCAGUACGCCUACCGCACCAAACUGACCCCCCACUACAGCGCGGGCCCCAAGUCCCGGCCGCUCCGGAAAGGCGACCCCCCGCCGCCCUUCGGGUUCAUGCGCAAGAACUCCCCCCGCAUCCUGGACAUCGAGCAGUGUCCCAUUGGCACGCCCAUCUUGAACGAAGGCCUCAAGAUCGCGAGGAACAAGAUGCACGAAUCGUUUUGGAAGAGCAACACCGGCGCCACCGUCCUGUUGCGGGAGUCGACCCGGCGCGAAAUGAUCCCCUCGACCUCGACGGCGGAUGCUCCCGGGGGAGAGGACACGGUAUCGGGCGAAGACGCAGAAAAGGGAACGAAAGAAGUCACCAAAGAGGGAGAAGAAGCCGACGAGGGACAGGUUCUGGCCUCUGACUCGAUUCCAGAUCUCUCGUCCCUGCCGCUCGCGUAUGCCGGUGAACCCCUAUCAACAGAGCUGUCCUUCCCUUCUCCCACCGCGCCCCAGAUUAUAUACACGUACCCGCGCUUCCGAGACAUCAAAACCUACACGUCCGACAACAAGGCCCUCACGACCGAGCACAUCGGCCCGUACACCUUCACCACGCGGGCCAACAGUUUCUUCCAGAACAACAACUCCAUCUUGCCGACGUUCUUGGCCUAUAUUCGGGAGAACCUGCUUCCCAUGACGACAUCAUCGCCCCCAGCAUCAGCAGCAACCGCCACGCCCACACCCGUGUCGUGGAUGUCGAACGUCGAGCCCGCCGAACCCUCCGUGAAGAUCAAAUACUUGCUCGACGCCUACUGUGGCUCGGGCCUGUUCAGCAUCGCCCUGGCGCCGUACUUCUCGUCGGUGCUGGGCAUCGACAUCGACGCACUCUCCAUCUCGUGCGCGCGGGACAACGCCAAAUUGAACCACCGCACCAACACCCUCUCCAAAACGGGCGAGAGCAACACGGGGUUCAUUGCGGCCGACGCCCAGGCCCUGUUUACCGACGUGCCGUUCCCGCCGUCGCAGACCCUCGUGGUGAUCGACCCGCCGCGCAAGGGCGCGUCGCCGGACUUCCUGCAGCAGCUGUGCCACUUCGGCCCCCGGCGCGUCGUCUACGUGAGCUGCAACGUCCACACCCAGGCCCGCGACGUGGGCAUGCUGGUGGCCGGGUUCGGGGGCCGGUGGCGGUACAGCAUCGAGAAGCUCGGCGGGUUUGACUUCUUCCCGCAGACGGGCCACGUCGAGGGGGUAUGUUUCCUGAACCGAGUCGAGAGGGAAGGGUGA